AUGACACGCCCAAUUGUUCUUUCCGGUCCCAGCGGAUCAGGUAAGUCGACUCUUUUGAAGAGACUGUUCGCCGAAUUCCCUAACAAAUUUGGUUUCAGUGUCUCUUCGACCACGAGAUCGCCAAGACCAGGUGAGAUUGAUGGCAAGGACUAUGAUUUCAUUACUGUUGAUAGAUUCAAAGAGAUGAUCAAAAACAAAGAAUUCGUUGAGUGGGCACAAUUUUCAGGAAACUACUAUGGUACUACGGUGAAGUCAGUCAAGAAGGUGGCAGAUGCUGGGAAAAUAUGCAUAUUGGACAUUGAAAUGCAGGGCAUGAAAGCCGUAAAGUUUGAGACGGAUUUGAACGCCAGGUUUUUAUUUGUUGCACCACCAUCCAUGGAGAACUUGGAGAAACGACUCAGAGGAAGAGGUACGGAAACAGAGGAAUCGAUUGCCAAGCGUUUGGAAACUGCCAAAGCCGAAAUGGAAUAUGCGAAGACCGGCGCACAUGACAAGAUUCUUGUUAACGAUGAUUUGAAUAAAGCCUACGAAGAAUUGAAGGCAUUUAUUUUUUCAGAAUAG